AUGGAGACUGGAAAUUACUCUGAAGUGACAGAAUUCUUUCUGGUGGGGCUUUCCCAAUACCCAGAACUCCAGCUUCUUCUGUCUGUCCUCUGUCUCAUCAUGUACCUGAUAAUCCUCCUGGGAAAUAGCCUCCUCAUUAUCAUCAUCAGCCUGGAUUCUCGUCUUCACACCCCCAUGUACUUCUUCCUUGGAAACCUCUCAUUCUUGGAUAUCUGUUAUACAUCAUCAACCGUUCCUCAAAUGCUUGUUAUGUUUAUGUCUGGGAGAAAAUCCAUCUCCUUCAUUGGCUGUGCUCUGCAAAUGGUUAUCUCUCUUGGCUUGGGCUGUACUGAGUGUGUCCUCCUGGCUGUGAUGGCCUAUGACCGGUAUGUGGCCAUCUGCAACCCACUGAGGUAUCCCAUCAUCAUGAACAGGGUGUUAUAUGUGCAAAUGGCUGCAUGGUCUUGGAUCAUAGGCUAUCUGAUCUCCUUAGUGCAAACAGUCUUGACAAUGAUAUUGCCUUUCUGUGGCAAUAAUGUCAUUGAUCAUCUGACCUCCCACCUGACUGUGGUCAUCUUAUUCUAUGGUUCAGCUCUUUUUAUGUACACAAAGCCUAAGACAAAGUACACAAAAGUAUCCGACGAAAUCAUUGCACUGUCUUACGGAGUAGUAACCCCAAUGUUGAAUCCCAUCAUCUACAGCCUAAGGAAUAAGGAGGUAAAAGAAGCUAUGAAGAAAGUCCUGAGCAGACAGUGGCAUCUAUGGAAAAUAUGAAAGGCCUUG